CGCCCGACCGGCCUCGACGUUCGGAAGACAUCGUCGACCAUGGCGCUGCAGAACACUUCAGAGCUGGACGACCUGAGGCGCACGAUGGCCAGGGAGCGCCUCAACGCGUCGUGGAAGCAGGUGGCUCCGGAGCACGAUUCUACCCCAACGAUGUCGUACUCUCAAGAGAAGCUCGCGUAUUAUCCGCCCGCGGCUGGGACGAUACCUACAAAGUUCAGGCGCAACAGCGGCGAGUUCGUCAAGUUUGCAGACCGCGCCAUCCAGCUCAAGGAGAACCUGGGGGGUAGGGACACGGGGCCGAGCCCGGGGAAGUCGAGCCCGCUGUCCAAGGGGGAGGGCGGCACGGGUUCGCAGCACGGGUCGCAGCAGGGUUCGAGGGUGGCGACCCCAUCGGGGGGUAGCGUGACGGGCGAUUUGGGCGCGGCGCCGACCCCCGUGGCCUCGCCCGCGGCGGCAGCUCCGCCCGCGCCGGAGGCAUCGCCGGCGCAGUAG